AUGUCUACUGCGGCUGAAGAAGACACAGUGUGGAUUGGGUUCAUGGACAUCGUUCCUGUCAUCGGGACGGUAAAAGAGGCAGUGGAGCUGGUGUUGGCUCUGUACGAAGGGAAUGAAGCAGUGGCAAAAGAGAAAGAGAAGGCCAUUGAAAACAUUGUGAAAGAGUCAUUAAAAAAACAUGUGAACAAGUCGACUGAUAAACCAGCAGCAGCUGCAGCUGAAUUUUCUGAAAAUGAAAAUGUGAUAGUGGUCAGAAAGGAAAUGAUCACUGAAUAUGUGAUGACAGUUUCCAAACGGGGAAUAAAACCUCCAACUCCAGCUCAGCAGAAAGAGAGAGAGAAAAGAGUGGAAGCUAUUAAGAAGGACAUGUUAGAAAAGAUCCGUAUCAUCACUCCAACCUUCAAGGGUGAGCUGGAGGAAGAAUUGAAAAGGUCAAAAAGAGGCGAACAUGUCUUCAACAAUGACAUUCUUAAAUUUCAUUAUAAAGUGCUGACUGAGUUUAUACAAAGCCAUCAUAUUGAUAAUCUACGAGGAUAUAAUCAGCAAGCAAUGGACACAUUAGGCAAACACACACUUUCCCGAAGCACAGCAGAGGAUAUUCAGACAAACAUGGUGGUUCACUUUGGUGAUGAUGAAUUCUACGUGAACGUGAAUGCACUGGUGUAUGGUGUAUUUUGCAGAGCACUGCGUGAUGCUAUGUUAAAUGUGCUGCGCCACAUAAAUCCAGAUGACGUGAAAGAAGAGGAGAGAACAUGGGUGAAUUAUGUCAUAGAAAAUAUGAAUUACUAUCAAAUCUAUGUGGACCAUCUGGCAAAGGACAAGUGGAUUGCCAAUAAACAGACUAGACGGGCCCGGGUUGAAAAGGUUAGACAGGAAGUUGCAAAAAUGUAUAGCACAGAACGUGGGUUAGACUGGUGCAAACGCAUUCUGGAUAGAGUUGCACCUUGGUUUGAAUAUAGACAGUGA